AAUCAUUAAGCUAUGCCAAUAAUUGAACUAGACAUCAAUAACACCACCACCCAUCGACAUACAAUUCCCUUUCUAGACAAGGGUAUCGUCACACCUUCGAGUGCUAUCUUGCAGCCUCGACGAAAUCAACAUGGACUCCCCCUCCCCCCACGGCCCCUCAGCCCGCAACUCCCCCAACCCCGAUCAAACCAGCCUCCCUCGCAGACCAGCCCAGCGCACGCAAUCAUCCGACUCCUCAGCGUCUACGGCGCAACAUACGCCCAUCCCCGAUGACAAGCAUGGCGCCGAUCUACCGAUGAAUCUAUCCGCCUCCGUGGUGUUGACCAGUCUGCCCCGCGAUGCCCACCAAGCACUGGCGGAUGCAGAAGCCGUAGACAAGGGCAAAGUCACCGUCCGAUUUCAACCUCUCCCCUCGGCCCCCAUUCUCAAAACCCGGGUCUUCAAGGUCAGCGCUUCGCAGAAGUUCGAGACCGUCGUCAACUUCCUUCGGAAGCGGCUGGACUGCAAGGAGACCGACUCGGUCUUCUGCUACGUCAAUAGCGUCUUUGCGCCGGGGUUGGAUGAAGGGAUUGGGGGGUUGUGGCGGUGUUUUAAGACGGAUGAGCAGCUCAUUGUUGCGUAUUCUAUGACCCCUGCCUUUGGAUGAAAGACGUAUCCGGGGUGUAAGUUGGACACUGGAGGGGAAAUUGCUACCGCUUUGGCUUACAGUGGAUGGUCUUGACGAUUUUAUGAACAGAGUCUCCUAUGGGAGUAUGAU